ACAUAUUUUAGAAUCAACAUAAGCUUAAAUACGCGUAUGAACUUAUAUUUUCAAAGCUGAAGCAUAUAGUUAUUAAAACAUUGUUUUUUAAAAAAAAAAUCUAUAAAUACAGAACACCUAUUUGUUUAGGACUUUAUCUGGCUUGGACGAGUGCAAUAUAAUAUAUAAAACCGUGAAAUUUCAGAUUUAUCCAUAUUGCAUUGGAAAAUCGCAAAUAUUUGACGGGUAUUUCCUAGUAAUCUUAUUUUCAAUCUUUUCCUUAUUUUUUAUCUUUUCAUAAUAUAUUCGAGCAACGAGCAGUUGUGUUUUAUUUUUUGUUCGAUAAAAUUAUGAUAUCGCGGAAGUUAAAAUCGCAUCGUUAAAAAAUUCUUGUUAAAUCUCGAAAUAAUUUUAUGGCGCCAAUCUAUCAUUUCGUUCGGAAAUACAAAGAACUGGAAACUAAAUACUUCGGGAGCCAGAGCCGAGGGAUUUCUUGACAGCGACGAAAAGACAGGAACGAAAGUGUAACUUGAAAUUUCGCGGGAUUGUCUGGAUCGUACUUCAUACAGUUCAGAACAUAGUUAAUUCCUGUAACAAGUAUAUUCACGUCUACAUUGGAGCCUGCACACUCAAUCGCCAGAUAUGCGGGGAAGCACUAUUUUGAUCGUGGAAUCAUUCGUCGGGCCGAAGACCGAUGCAGUCUUGGAGGUCGUCGAUAUCCUGUUCACAGUUUUCAUAGCGGGGCCUUUGAUAAUAAUUUACUGGAAGGCAACAUGGGCUUUGAUGGACCUAUAUAUUUACCCGGAUGAUCGUUUUCUAAGCGCAAUAUGGACCACCGCUUUCGGAAUAAUAUUCGGCCUCCUGUUAUCUUUUUUUCAAGAAUUCGGAAAAACGAAAUUAAAUCCCGAUGCAGGGAAGGCGAAGUACUUGAUCUUAACGAGACUGUACACUUGUUUCGCGGCCAUAGUGAACGUUGCAGCCUGCAGAGGCGUGUGGAACCUACUUGAAUUCCUCCUGCAAGAUACUCGGUCGAUUUUCAUGUCGACAAUUGCAUCCACGCUGGCUGUAAUGGCUUUAAGGACUCUGAGAAACGUGAAUUCGGCGCCUUUUGGCAUAACAGUUGAUGCAGCGGAAGACUAUUUUGAGGCGCCUACGUUUUACAAAACGAGCAGCAGAGAAACGGCGCUGUACAUACUGGACUGCGUGUUCUCGGUGACGGUGGUGGGCUCGCUGGUGGUGUUCGUGUGGCGCGGCUCCUGGGCGCUGCUGGACAUCUUUCUCUACCCGCACGACCAGGUCAAGUCCUUCUGGACAUCAUUGGUAGUAGGCUACUCUCUGGUGAUACUAACGUUCGCUGCGCAAGCGCCGGUGCGGUGGGCGGUGGCCAAGUUGCACGGCGCGCCGAGGCUUCUGCUGGCGGAUGUCUACCAUCUCAUCUCGUUCUUUGCUACCGUCAACGUGUGGCGAGGAAUAUGGGGCUUGCUGGAUGUUUAUUUCUUCCCAGAUUCGCCCAAACUCAGCAACUGGAGUUCGCACAUCGUCAGCCUGGUGCUGCUCAUCCUCCUUAACUGCUCCAACUCCAUCCUGGUUCGAGGAGUCUACAUCGACGCCGAGGAGCCCGCGGGUGACUGCGUGGAGUUCCCUUGCCACUACCUGAGACUGUUCUUCCAGAAGGAACGGGUCAAGAAGAGACGCAAAACUGUAGAAACAUCUUCCGCGGCCAAUGCGAGGAAAGUGGAGGAAGCGAGUGUGCCCUUACAGAUUCCUGAGGAGAAAGUAUAGUAGACAUUUUCUAUGUAUAGUAUAGUUUAAGUACAUACAAAUCGGCACUGAUUGUUAAAAUGUCUUUGUUACCGUGUAAUUGGGUGGACCGAUCUAGACGUAGGUUAACCAUCCGCCUGGUAAACGCCGGGGUGGACGUACGAGUACCUAACUUCGUUAGUACAUUUUGUGGCUGAUUCAGUUGUAGGUACUCAAUUUCUAACUAAACUAAACUAAAAUGGGGACUUCGUCUGUGGUGGCGUUUGCUGGCGCGUGUGUUGUGACUUUUUGGAGUGUUUUCUUUUGUUAAAACUG